AUGUACAUUACAGGAAAUCAAUCAAGUCCAAAUAUUGAAAAAGUUAGGUUUGAUUCAUCUCCUUGUAAUUUCUCAACGGAGGAUGAAUCAUUUUAUUCACCAUCUGCUUCAUUAUUUGUGGAUUUUUCAAAUGAUUCUGAGGAUUUGUACAUUGUUAUUGAAUAUAUGAAGGAUGGAACUUUGGCAAAUUUCAUGUCAACCACUAGGAUACUUCAGGAACAAAUUUCAUCUGAUGUUUGUAGGAAUAUAAUGUGUCAAAUAUUAUGUGGAUUGAAUCAUAUGCAUAAUUUUGGAAUUAUUCAUAGAGAUUUAAAGCCAGAAAAUUUACUGGUGGAUGGUGAUCGAGUAGUAUUGGCAGACUUUGGACUUUCUAAAAAACAGCAAACAGAAAAGGGAAGUUCAUAUGUUUGUUUCAGAUAUUAUAGACCUCCUGAGGUUGUGUUAAUUCUAGUACAAUAUCAUCAACAGACAACAGCCAUAGAUGUAUUUUCCAUUGGAUGUAUAUUCUUUGAAAUGUUAUGUUUGGAACAUGGAUAUUUCAUGCACAAGGAAUUAUUUAGAGUGAAUGGUAUUCUGAAUCAUUUACAAAAGUUUUGCGAAAUUCUAGGAUAUCCAAAUAAUGAGGAUGUGAAAGGAACUGAAAAUUCAACAAAAUACUUUCACUCAAAAAUAGAUUCCAAAGAUUAUGAUGGAAAGAAGCCAUUCCUUGAGGAAAUGUGUUCGAAAUUUAAACCAGAUGAGGCAGAUCUAUUGAGGAAAAUGUUAACUUGGAAUCCAGAUACUCGAAUCACAACUCAACAAGCUUUAGAACAUGAAUAUUUUAAAGGAUGUGAAUAUCUAGUCAACUAUUCGAACACUAAACCACAAACUAAUCAAGAUAUUGAUCUUGAUGAACAAGAAACUGUCGGAAUAACGGAAGUCAUUGCAAAGGCUGGUCUUGUUUAUUCGGAAAAGAGUACAUUGAGUGAGAUAUUGAGUAAACCUAAAAUCAUGCCACUCAAAUCGAUAACAUUGCAAAAGAUUGAAGAAAUGGAAAAGGAAGCUGCACAAAUGGCUGUCCAAGCAAAGACUGCAAACAAGUCAGAUCCAUUUGAGGAAUAA